GGCCUCACCUUUUUGCUGACCCAUGAAAGAAGCCAUGCCGGUUCUCUCAGCAGGCACAGGCCUGCACGAGACUCUGGCCCUUCUGACAUCCCAGCUGCGUCCUGAUGCCAACCACAAGGAGGACAUGGUCUUCCUCAAAGACGUCUUCAGUGAGAAAAGCCUGGGCUACCUCAUGAAGAUCCAUGAGAAGCUGAGACAGUACGAGCGCCAGAGUCCUACACCUGUCCUUCACAGCGCCGCGUCCUUGGCUGAGGAUGUAAGUCAUGGUCUGACUGGCAGCUCUCUUGUGAUUUGGCGGCAGGUGGCAGAGGAGCUGCAGAGUGGACCAAUGAGUGUUGAGGAGAAGGAACUCCUACAGCUGUUGACGUCCCCCCAUCUCAAGGCAGUUUUGUCAGUUCAUGACACGGUUGCCCAGAAGAACUUUGACCCCGUGUUGCCACCACUGCCUGACGACUUCGAGGACGAGCUGGAGGAGGAGUCAGUGAAGAUUGUCAGACUGGUCAAGAACAAGGAACCACUGGGGGCCACCAUCAGACGGGAUGAGACCACAGGGUCUGUGAUCGUGGCCCGCAUCAUGAGGGGCGGGGCUGCAGACCGGAGUGGACUGGUCCAUGUAGGAGACGAGCUACGGGAGGUCAACGGCAUCUCCAUCAUUCACAAGAGGCCUGAUGAGAUCAGUCAGCUUCUGUCCCAGUCUCAGGGCUCCAUCACCCUGAAGAUAAUCCCAGCCGUUAAGGAGGAGGACCGUCUGAAGGAGAGCAAGGUCUACAUGAGGGCCCUGUUUGACUACAUCCCUGCUGAUGACAAGGCCACACCCUGUCAGGAGGCGGGACUUCCCUUCAAGCGAGGUGACAUCCUGCAGGUGGUAACCCAGGACGACCCCACCUGGUGGCAGGCCAAACGGGUGGGCGACAGCAACCUCCGGGCUGGACUCAUCCCCUCCAAACUCUUCCAGGAGAGACGGCUGGCUUACCGGGUAAAAACGGGCACACUUCCGAACCCUAAAUCCCCUAAAAAUCCUACCUAUGACCAGGGAUGUGACAAAGAGGACUGUGAUUGUGAGGGCUAUUUCAAUGGACAGUACAUAGCGGGUCUGAGGAGGAGUUUCCGUCUGAGCCGAAAGGACCGGUCAGGAUCCCUCGGAGGGGCCACCUCCGACCCCACCGACCCAGACUUUGCCACCUACGAGGAGGUGACUCGCUACCAGCACCGGCCCAACGAGAGACCCCGCCUGGUGGUUCUGAUCGGCUCCCUGGGAGCUCGUAUCAAUGAGCUGAAACAGAAGGUGAUAGCAGAGAACCCACACCGCUAUGCUGUGGCCGUACCACAUACCACCAGGCCCAAGAAGCCUCAUGAGAAAGAGGGGUUGGAAUACCACUUUGUCACCAAACAGGCGUUUGACGCAGACGCUCUGAGCAACAAGUUCAUAGAGCAUGGGGAGUACAAGGAGAACCAGUAUGGUACCAGUAUAGAGGCUAUCCGCUCUGUACAGGCCAAAAACAAGAUGUGCCUAGUGGACGUGCAGCCAGAGGCUCUGAAGACACUGCGGACAUCUGAGUUCAGGCCCUAUGUUAUCUUCGUCAAGCCGCGUGUCCCGGAGAGCAGACGUCGUCGUAGUGCUGCCACUUCACCAGCAGGGGGAGAUCAUGGGCGAGUGACGGUGAGACCUGCUGAUGAGGACCUGCAGGAAAUGCGUCAGUCAGCCCAGCAGAUGGACCAGCAGUAUGGCCACCUGGUCGACCGGGUCCUAAUCAAGGAGGACUCAGCCAGCGCCUGCACAGAACUCCGAGGCAUUCUGGAGCGGCUGGAGCGUGAGACCUUCUGGGUGCCCCUCUGCUGGGUGCGGACCUAACCCCUCUCCCCAACCUCCAGAGGGGGGAUCACAGCCCCCCAGCCCUUCCUCCAGCAGGACCCCUACCCCAUCCCUUUUCUGAUCUCCUGGACCCCUUGGCUCCAAUGGGCCAGCCUGUAGGGUGUGGAAGAUACUGCCCCAAACCCUGGCCUGAUACCGGGCCAGCCACACACUGGCACUAGGGGAGAAGG